UCAUAUGACGUCUGGCUUCAGCGCGAGAGAAAGAGGAUCAACACGGGCACAAAUUCGCCGACAACAGCGACAAACUCCCGCCGGGUUCUCCUCGGUUCCACCCGCCGCCGUCUCCCGCUGCUUCGUCAGGCAGAGGUUACACAGCAACACAAGCCGAUCUGUGAGGAACCGAACCUGCUGGUUCAUCAGAACCGUCUGCGCUGGACACGGGUCGACCGAGUUCGAGAUCUGCGUGGCUUGGCAGCGGUUCCUCGUGGCAUGACGACCACUAACAAAGGAAACAAGGCCUUGAAGGUGAAGAGGGAGCCCGGCGAGAACGGGACGAGCCUGACGGACGAUGAGCUGGUGUCCAUGUCGGUCCGCGAGCUCAACCAGCACCUGCGCGGCCUGACCAAAGAUGAGAUCCUUCAGCUGAAGCAGCGCCGGCGGACGCUGAAGAACCGGGGCUACGCCGCCAGCUGCCGCGUCAAGCGCGUCACGCAGAAGGAGGAGCUUGAGAGGCAGAAGGCGGAGCUACAGCAGGAAGUGGAGAAGCUGGCCUCGGAGAACGCCAGCAUGAAAGUGGAGCUGGACGCGCUGCGCUCCAAAUACGAGGCUCUGCAGAGCUUCGCCAGAACUGUGGCCCGAGGGCCCGUGGCCCCGGUUUGUAACGCAGCCGUCCCCGUCUCCCCCCGAGGGCCCUUGGCCUCCGUCAUCGGGCCCCUCAUUCCUGGGAAGGUGGGAGCCACCAGUGUUAUCACGAUAGUUAAAUCGAAAACCAACGCGAGGUCUUAGUAGCGCACAGAGAGCAAGGGUUGGUCAGUGCAUGAGGGUUUAGGUGCGGGACGCUCCUGAUGGAAAACCCCUUCAGUACUCUCUAAUGUGGGCUUUUUCUGGGUUACAAACGAAGGAAAGCACAUCUAGGAUGGUCAAUUCACUUGGGCUUCCAAAACGAUCUCCAAAUUGCUAAACUCGAAUCUAAAACCAUGCAGCCAAAUUUUCCUUGUGGAUGUGUGUUGUAUUGCUGUGAGAUUUGUAAUUUUUGUACAAACAUCGGCGACUUUGUAUCGUGCGUUUCACAUGGGGUCCAAGUGUUUUCUUUGUCAUUGUAAUAUUGUACUUUUUAUACAGCGUUUGUGUUGAUUUUCUCUUCGUAUGUGCUGUUUCGCCAUUUUUCCGUCCUUUGGUUUUACGGACUGCAGGCACAAAACACUUUAAAACUCUUCCACCGUCUGAAGGAAAAGCUUCCCGCGGUAGGAGAGUAUCAGCCAAUGAGAAGCUCCCUUUACCUGAGCCUCAUUUAUGCACUGACCAAUCGCUGAGGGGCAGGAGGAGAGGAGGCGGAGUCAAAUCAGCUGAUGUUGUUCAUAUGGUAGCUAUCAGAAUCUGACACCAGUUUAUGCGCUCCAGUCGUCCGUUUCAGGACAGGAGAUCGUUUUUAUUGGCAAGGCAAUAACAUGUUUAUGUUAUAUGAGGUUUUGUGUUGUUUAUUUCUUGCUGUGCGACCUUCACGCUGAAGGUUAUCAUGUCUGUCGUUGUCUGUAAAUCCAGAGAGAUGUAUACUUUUUGUGUGUGUGUGUGUGUGUGUGUGUUCUGUGUCAGUUUUUGGACUAAA